AUGAAUAAAUCAUCUGAAGAAUCAACUAAAAAAGUCGCUUCUUUUGAACCACGCGAACAAACAAUGGAUACGCAAAUGAAAACUAGUUCAAGUUAUAUCGAUAAAAUGGCACCAGAAGAUAUGACAUCAAAAGAAUAUUAUCUUGAUUCAACAGCUCAUUUUGCUGUUCAUGAGGAAUUAUUAAAAGAUGAAAUUCGUACAAAAACAUUUCGUAAUGCAAUUAUUAAUAAUCGACAUUUAUUUAAAGAUAAAGUAGUAUUGAAUAUUGGUUGUGGUAUUGGAAUUUUCAGUUUAUUUGCUGCUAAAGCCGGUGCAAAAAUGGUCAUUGCUGUAGAAAAAUCGAAUGUCAUCGAAUAUACAAAAAAGAUUGUCCGUGCAAAUCGAUAUGAUAAAGUUAUCAAACUUAUCAAAGGUAAAAUUGAAGAAAUUGAAUUACCUGAAGGUAUACAACAAGUUGAUAUUAUUAUUGCUGAAUGGCUGGGUUAUUCAUUAUUUUAUGAUUCAAUUAUUCAAAGUGUGAUCUAUGCAAGAGAUAAAUAUCUUAAACCCGAUGGUAUCAUUUUUCCUGAUCGCGCAACAAUGUAUAUGGUUGGUAUUGAAGAUCGAGAAUAUAAAGAAGAUAAAGUCGAAUGGUGGUCAAGUGUUUAUGGUUAUAAUAUGGGUUGUUUAAAAAAUUAUGUUAUGCGUGAACCAUUAGUUGAUACAGUUGAUAAACGUCAAAUUUGUACAGAUCAUUUUCCAAUUAAAACAUUCGAUCUGAAAACAAUGACUAUUAAUGAUAUUGGUAUUGAUGCUAAAUUUCGAUUACGUGCUUCACGUGAUGAUUAUUUACAUGCAUUUGUUACUUAUUUUGUUGCAGAAUUUACUGCAUGCACACAAAGAACAGUCAUUAAUACCGCACCUGGUGCUGGUUAUACACAUUGGAAACAAACAGUUUUCUAUUUUCCUGAUUAUGCAACACUAAAACAAGAUGAAAUAGUUGAAGGAACAUUUUCUUGCAAAGUUAAUUUGGAAAAUACAAAAAAACUCAAUUUUGAUAUUGAUUUUCAAUUCAAUGGUCAAAUAGCAUCUUUACACAGUAAAAAUCAAUAUUUUAUGAAAGGUUAA